CGUUACUGCACUUUCUUCUUCUCCCCAUUCCACACCACUCUCAUGUACACCACUUACAGGUAAUCACUACAGGCUUGGGAUUUUCCUUUGCUGUUCACGGAGCUUGGUGAAAGGCGUUUUCUAUAAUCCUCUUCACAUCCCUUCACUAGGGCUUCUGGAAUCCCACAGGUGGUGGUGGCGGUAGUGGUGCUCAUAAAAUGCCUGAUUCCUCUGCUCCUCACGCCCCCGGUUCCCGGGCUAUCAAGAUACCUUUGCAUACCGGUAACCAUGCAGACUACUCUGCGCCGAACCGACGUCGUCGAAGUGAACGCUACCUCCAAAACGCCGAAAGAGCCGAAGCUUCAGAUGCUGGUCCAUCGUCGCUAGGCUCGGGUUCUGAUCAAGACUCGCCCUGGUCCUAUAGCCCUAUUCCGACUCGACCUCAACAUCUGCUCCGCAACAUUGCUCCAUCACCAGGUGAGGGGGUUCGACUUCCGGGCUCGCUGCAUUCCAAAGACGAAGCCAGCACAUCACAGCAGAAAGACAAGCACAAGGCCGGCAUGCCACCGCCCAGUAGCAUGCCCAUGCUCUUCAAUGCUUCCUCCUCUCCCCUUGGCCCUUCGAUGCUCUCUUCCAGCUCGUACAAGUCCAUCAACCUGAAUGCUCAUCACGAUGAUCCGGACGAGCCUCCUCGAUUGAUCACAUACACGAAAUACAGUCAAGGGUUCACAUGGAAUGACGAGCUGUUCUUGCCAAGCUAUAUGUUGGGACGAUAUGGAGAGAGGGGUCGAAAGAAACUGUACGACGGUGACUUUGGAGACGAGGACCACUGCCCGGUGGCUGAGAUCUUUGUCACGGACGAGGAGGCGGAGGCAAUGAUGCCGUGAUCAACCCCGGAGAUGAUCAAUCGAAGCGACGAUGUAUGAAUUAAGUCAUGAUACACACGGCAGCAAUGUCAGUCUGGGCGGCGUCCUCAGGCAAGGAACAUCAAUGGACGAGUCCACGUUGAAGGGUACCUAGUUCUGGGUUGGUUGGGCACGCUGGUAAGGAUAGGACACAUUCUUUUGGAAUUGGCAAGGUUCUAUGCCAAAGGCACGCGGAGUUCGGGAAUUGGAUAGGGUUCAGCGACACCCCAACGGAAUCGAAGCAGGAAGGAUGAUCUCGACUCAAGACAGCAGCGUUACUCUAGCUAUAUCGGACGCUGAGGAGGGGUGGCGUUAGAGGUUGAUGAGAGGGAGGGACGCUGGGCUUUGCAGUUUGUCUCUUGUGCCGUCACUCCCUCGCCAGUUAUUCUUGUAACUAGUCAUUCACACAGGAAGUUACAUAUAAUCUCACCCUUGAUCCACC